AUGCAAGUGAUACAAUUUUUUUCCUGUCCUGAGUGUGGGAAAUGUUUUAUACAGCAGUCGCUCUUUCCUAAACAUCAGAGAACACGCACGGGUAAGAAUCCAUUUAAUUGUGACGAGUGUGGGAAACGUUUUAUAAACAAGUCGCAUCUUGAUAAACAUGAGGGAAUCCACACAGAGUGUGGGAAAUGUUUUGCCUACAAGCUGCGCCUUGUUAAGCAACAGAGGACUCACACAGGGGAGAAGAUAUUUCUGUGUUCUGAGUGUGGGAAUGAUUGUAUACACAAGUCAGCUCUUGUUGUCCACCAGAGAUAUCACACAGGGGAGAAACCGUUUCCGUGCUCUGAGUGUGGAAAAUGUUUUACGCAGAAAUCUGUUCUGGUUAAACAUCAGCUACGUCACACGGGGGAAACCAUUUCCCUGCUCUGA